GUGAGCGGGGAGGGAGUGUUCCUCACCAAGGUGGAGACGUCACUCUGCCCUUUCUACGGUGAGGACUUCUACUGCGAGAUCCCGCGCAGCUUCCGGCACCUGGCCUUCUACGUCUUCGACAGAGACGUCUUCCGGAGGGACUCCAUCAUAGGGAAAGUGGCCAUCCAGAAGGAGGACCUGCAGAAAUACCACAACAGGGACACCUGGUUCCAGCUGCAGCAUGUGGAUGCUGACUCAGAGGUGCAGGGGAAGGUCCACUUGGAGCUGAAGCUGAGUGAGGUCAUCACGGACUCAGGUGUCGUGUGCCACAAGCUGGCCACACGCAUCAUCGAGUGCCAAGGCCUCCCCAUUGUGAAUGGGCAGUGUGACCCUUAUGCCACCGUGACACUGACAGGACCCUACAGGUCAGAAGCCAAGAAGACUAAAGUGAAGAAGAAGACCAACAACCCCCAGUUUGACGAGGUGUUUUAUUUCGAGGUGACCAGGCCCUGCAGCUAUAGCCGCAAGUCACACUUUGACUUUGAGGAGGAAGAUGUGGACAAACUGGAGAUCCGAGUCGGCCUCUGGAAUGCCAGCAACCUCAAGUUUGGAGAUGAGUUCCUGGGUGAGCUGAGGGUCCCGCUGAAGGUGCUGCAACAGUCCAGUUCCUACGAGGCCUGGUACUUCCUGCAGCCUCGGGACAAUGGCAGCAAGACCCUGAAUUCAGGGGACCUGGGUUCCUUGCGCCUCAACGUGGUUUACACAGAGGAUCAUGUCUUCGCCUCCGACCGCUACCAGCCCCUGCGGGACCUGCUGCUCACGUCUGCAGAUGUGGAGCCUGUGUCGGCCUCGGCGGCACACAUCCUGGGCGAGGUUUGCCGGGAGAAGCAGGAGGCGGCUGUCCCGCUUGUACGUCUGUUGCUGCACUACGGCCGCGUGGUGCCCUUCAUUAGCGCCGUGGCCAGCGCCGAGGUGGGGCGCACCCAGGACCCCAACACUAUUUUUCGGGGCAACUCAUUGGCAUCCAAGUGUAUAGAUGAGACCAUGAAGCUGGCAGGAAUGCAGUACCUGCACCUCACACUGAGGCCGGCCCUGGAGGAGAUCCUGCAGGGCCACAAGCCCUGUGAAAUCGACCCUGUGAAGCUGAGAGAUGGCGAGAACCUGGAGACCAACAUGGAGAACCUGCGGCAGUAUGUGGACCGCGUCUUCAGUGCCAUCACCAAGUCGGGGGUCAGCUGCCCCACAGUCAUGUGUGACAUAUUCUUCUCCCUGAGGGAGGCAGCCGCCAAGCGCUUCCAAGACGACAUGGACGUCAGGUACACGGCCGUGAGCGGCUUCAUCUUCCUGCGCUUCUUUGCUCCUGCCAUCUUGUCUCCCAACCUCUUCCAGCUGGCCCCGCACCACACGGACCCACAGAUGUCCAGGACGCUGACCCUCAUCUCCAAGACCAUCCAGACCCUGGGCAGCCUGUCCAAGGCCAAGUCUGCGAGCUUCAAGGAGUCAUACAUGGCCACCUUCUAUGACUUCUUUAACGAGCAGAAGUACGCAGACGCAGUCAAGAAUUUCCUGGACCUGAUCUCAUCGUCUGGGAGACGGGACCCCAAAAGCAUGGAGCAGCCCAUCCUGCUCAAAGAGGGGUUCAUGAUCAAGCGGGCACAGGGCCGAAAGCGUUUCGGGAGGAAGAACUUUAAGAAAAGGUGGUUCCGCCUCACCAACCAUGAGCUCACCUACCAGAAGAGCCGAGGAGACCCUCCCCUCUACAGCAUCCCCAUUGAGAACAUCCUGGCCGUGGAGAAGCUGCAGGAGGAGUCCUUCAAGAUGAAGAACAUGUUCCAGGUGGUGCAGCCCGAGCGGGCCCUGUACAUCCAGGCCAACAACUGUGUGGAGGCCAAGGCCUGGACAGACGUCCUCACCAAGGUCAGCCAGUGCAACCAGCGCCGCCUGUCUGUCUACCACCCCUCAGCCUACCUGGGCGGCCACUGGCUGUGCUGCAGGGCGCCCUCAGACACGGCUCCCGGCUGCACCCCCUGUACUGGCGGCCUCCCAGCUAACAUCCAGCUGGACAUCGACGGAGACCGCGAGACAGAGCGGAUUUACUCGCUGUUCAGCUCCUACAUGAGCAGGCUGGAGCACAUGCAGGAGGCCUGUGGGAGCAGGUCUGUGUACGACGGGCCUGAGCAGGAGGAGUACUCCAGCUUCCUCAUCGACGACCCCCAGGAGACCUACAAGACGCUGCGGCAGGUCAUGGUGGGCGUGGGCGCGCUGGAGCGGGAGCACGCCCAGUACCGCAGGGACAAGUUCAAGAAGACCAAGUACGGGAGCCAGGAGCACCCCAUCGGGGACAAGAGCUUCCAGACCUACAUCCGGCAGCAGUCAGAGACGUCCACCCAUUCCAUUUGAGCCGGACUCGGAUCUCAGCCCGGGACAGGCAGGGCAGAGCAGUGCCCCCGCUCUGCCGGUGGGGACGUGCGACUGGGCCGCGGGACAGCUCUGCCCAGGACUGGGAGGGGGCUGCGCUAGGCUCAGAGAGCUGCCAGGACACGGGGACAGGGAUGGGACAGGGAUGCCCUUCCAGAAGCCUGGCCCUGCACCCGCCUUGGCUGCCUGGCUUUGGGUCUGUGGAAGGAGCAGGCCAUGCGCCGUCCUCGGGCGUCUCAUCUCCUUCAGCCAGCUCCCUGCUCGGAAGGGACCAGCACCCGGGUCCUGCGGCGGGAGUGUGUGCUGGGGCUCGGGGAGGGACCCCGGACCAUGGUCCAGCGCUGCCCCUUGGGCAGGGGAGGGGAGGGGAGGGCUGUCCCGCCUCACCGUGUGGCGCCGUCGCCGGGUUGCCCGACUGGCGGCCUUUGCCCAUUUGCUUGUGUCCCCACACUCCUACUCACAUCUGGAAAGACUUAGUUCAGCCCUCACCUGCUUGUCAGUUGUACAGGUGUGGAUGGCUCGGCAUAUGCGGCUCACAGCUGCAGAAACCGCAGUUUUUACCUGGUGUGUAACUCCACGGUGUUUCUAGGUAUUAACCACUCCAAGUGUAUUUUACUGGCCAAUUAAAGCAGAUGUUUUAUUUCUGA